GUGGCCGGACUUGGUGACCUUAGUGGUCUUUCCAGCCUUAAUGGUUCUAUGAGUGAUUCUGUGAUUCUAUCUAAUGUCUUGGCUGUGGAUCUCUUUAAGGUUUGCUGUUGGGUGAGUUUUCUUUGCUUUAGGAGCUGGGCAAUGGGACGAAAUGAAUGUGGGUACCCCAGUGAGAGGUGUGUGGGCUGUAAAGUGUCAUUUGUUUCCCACAGGGGUAGGCAGGGAGGCUUUAGCCUAUCGAAUUUCUUCACCCAGAGCAGCUGUGUUGAGACAGGUGGUGAUGGUGAGGAAAUGGCUGCUUCUGAAGGACGUUCCUUCCAGCUCAUAGCACAGUGCAGGGAGAUGUAUAUCCUAAAGCUCUGGGUGCCCAUCAGCUGCUGUUCUGUACCGGAACAUCCCUAUUGAGGUAAGUUGGGUUGGUUUGGUUUGGGGUUUUGUUUUGGUUGCCUUUUCUGACCUGGCACUCAGCCCACUGAAUUAUCCACAGGGUUAUACACCGAGUUUACCUAAAGGCUUUUUUUUUUUUCUUUCCCAGAUUGCUUCUGUUUACCCAAAUUCUGCUUCUUAACGAUGUGAAAGAGCUUUAUUUUCUUUCAGUUCCUUUGGUUUCUGCACUUCUUCUUGCAGUGAUUUGAUUGUAUUUCAUAAACCAGCAGCAGAAAGCACCUACGCUUUUAGGUGCCUGCGGGAAAGGAAUUCGCCUCAGUUACCCAACUGAGCACCAGAUCCUUCCCAGGACAGAAGAGAUGUAAAAGUGUUGCGGGAGCGCCCCCUAGUGCCCACGCAGAGCAGUGCCGCCCUUCAGCGCGGUGAGUCCCGCCCCGCUUCCCGCCCUUUUCUCUGAGGUGGUUGCCGGUGUUUCCCCGCAGUUCCUCAGCGCCGCCGCCAGGGGGCAUGUGGGAAAUGGCGGUCUGAGGGGAGGGCGCUGCUCUCACCUGUCAAGCUGCCAGGACCCAGCUGUGCUGACCCCGCUGAUGCUUAACAGGACCUGGCAAGGUGCUUAGCCAGAGCUGGCGUUUAGCUGCCUAAUUAAUUCUUAAUUCACCGAGCACCAGGCUUGCCUACACAGCCUUUACCUCCAAUCAGAACUCUGAUUGGACACCCUGCCCUGUGUUGGCGUAAGGCAAUUGCUGCUGGUGUGGAACCUGCCCCUUACACACAGUGUGUCCUGCUUUUAAGCAUCUCUCUGUGGUGUAAUGUAGAAGUUACGGUGUGCUUCCAUCACAGUCUGCGACAUGUCUUACUAAUAACAAGUUAUACUAACUGUGUGGAGUUUUACAGUCCAAUUCACAACACAGUUCAGGGAUUCUUGCCCUGUUUCAGAACGUCUGUUUGCUCUUCCUGCACAGAUUAUUAGAAUUGCUGUAUCUGGACGCCCUAUCUCUUCUGCUUUGCUCACACAAGCUUUUCAUCAUGUGAAUUCCUUGGAAAAUCUUGCAGAGAGAACACAAGUCCUGCCCCACUCGGUCCUUGUAGGAACCCUGAAGAAGGGAGAGGUUUUUGAACAGCCAGGUUGGCAUCGCCCUGAAUACCAGCUCCUGUGGGUGAGCUGUAAUAACACCCGUGUGGGUUAGCACAUCCCUUGUGUUGGGUUCACAGAUCUCUGCACUGAUGGCAGACUUUGGUCAUGUCAUCUCUUUGUCACUUUUCUAUAGGGGUGUAACUUUGCCAGCAGCAAUGGAACCUCAGAAGGUAUUUAGGAGAAAGCUGCUGAAACCAGUCUGGAAAAGCUGAGGGUACAGCAGUGCUUUGAGAGGCUUUUUUUUUUUUCAUUCUCAGCAUAAAGUAAGACCUAGCACUGCUCUGGGGUUGCUGCCAUUGCCCAGGGAAUGAAGCACGACUCGCAGGUCCAGUUCAGUGACCUUUCUUUGGUGUGCGUGUAUGAGACAGUAUCUGAGCAGUCAGUAAAGCGCGGGGAAGCAGUCCGGGCCAUUUCAAUGAGCUCGUAAACUGGGAGGAGGGAUUUCUGGUAGAGCUGGAUGGUUCUGACGUGGUUCAAAUAAAUACUUGAUUUAAAAAUCAUUUUGUUGAGUGAUGAUGCAUUCUCGUUAAUUUUCUGUUGAGCUGGCCCUAGGCAUCCUGGAGCAUGAAGUGGAUGUGUUUACUUAGUUUACAUAAACAAAGUGAACCCUGUAACUUUAUUGUGAUGGUUAAUAGAGACAUACUGCAUGUGCCUUGAGUAGAGAGGAGUGCAUGUUGAGAUGGAUGGAUAUUCCUCAUGCAGUGCAGAAACUGGGAUGUCAGAAACCUGGCCAGCCAUUGGUUUGUUUCUCUUCCAGGUCAGCUCUUUGUUCCAGUGAGCAUUCACCAUCCCGUGUCUCUGGAUGGACGGGAAGUGAAGCAAACGCAGAGAGGAAUGUCAGUUAUCCCUCAGUGAACGCCAGCAAACAGUGUCGCGGCUGCUGCUGGGCAGAGCCAGAGGGAUGGUGGUAGUCACAGGGCAGAGCAAAGGGAGCGGAGACCCGGAUGAGGCCAUGUCGAGCUCGGAUGCAGAGGAUGACUUCCAAGAGCCAGCCACUCCCACGGCCACCCAGGCGGGCCAGGCGCUGCCGCUGCUGCCCCAGCAGUUUCCAGAAGUUGUUCCACUGAACGUCGGAGGCAUGCAUUUCACAACAAGGCUGUCAACACUGAGACGUUACGAGGACACGAUGCUGGCGGCUAUGUUCAGCGGAAGGCACUACAUCCCCACAGACGCCGAAGGCAGAUACUUCAUCGACAGAGAUGGAACUUACUUUGGAGACAUACUUAACUUUCUGCGAUCUGGUGACUUGCCACCGAGAGAACGAGUGAGGUCAGUUUACAAGGAAGCUCAGUAUUAUUCCAUAGGACCAUUGCUAGACCAUCUAGAGGAUGUCCAGCCUCUGAAAGGAGAGAAAGUUAGACAAGCUUUCCUGGGCCUAAUGCCAUACUACAAAGAUCAUUUGGAACGGAUAAUUGAAAUAGCAAAGCUUAGAGCUAUGCAAAGAAAAGCAAGAUUUGCGAAACUGAAAGUCUGUGUCUUCAAAGAGGAGAUGCCCAUCACUCCCUAUGAAUGCCCACAUUUCAAUUCUUUACGUUUUGAAAGAAGUGAAAGUGAGGCAAAGCUGUUUGAACAUCACUGCGAAGUAGAUGUAUCUUUUGGACCUUGGGAGGCUGUGGCUGAUGUAUAUGACCUUCUACACUGUAUUGUGACAGACCUGUCUGAUAGAGGGAUAACUGUGGAUCACCAGUGUAUUGGUGUGUGUGAUAAACACCUGAUAAAUCACUAUUACUGCAAGCGUCCUAUCUAUGAGUUCAAGAUCACUUGGUGGUGAGUUAUUUUGUCCAGAAUGGUGCAGGAGAUGAAAGGACUUCUAGAUGACAAUUGCUUUUAAUAUUUUUGCAACAUGUCUCUGGAAAUGCAUUGCUGCUAACAUAUAUUGGAAUCAGUCUGCUGAAACGUUGGCUAGUGCUUAGCUGUUCAGCAAGGAGGGACCUGUCACAGAGGUUUUUCAACCUCUGCAAUAUUAAAAAAACAACCAAACAGCCUGAAACAAAAGACUGUUGGCUCAGGUACCUUAAUGAGGCACAAAACUGAAUCACCUCAUGGAAAUUAUGGAGAGGAGUGUCUAACAUUUUUCUUUUUUAAAUGUGCCACCUACUGUGUGGCUUCAGCACCAUUGUCUGCAAGGUGGAUGUGACGGAUCUCAGCCUCAGGUGCUAGUAAUGCUGAUAGAACGUGGUUCAAUUCUACCCACUUCCAAAUGUUUCAGUCACUACGUAAGCUUGCCACUUUAUAAAUUAAUACCCCGCACAGAGAUCCUGCAAGUGUAAUUCUGAUGUAAUAGACAAUUUCAGAAAAAUAGAGGUGUAUGGUUGUGAAGAUUAAGCUAUAUAUUAUUUUUUAAAUUAAGAAUCUGCAUUGUGAAUUAUAACAUUUAGUUGUUUCUGUUAUUAUAAAAAGGAACAGCAGAUUUGGAAAGUAUUCCUUAUUGCUUUUAGGAAUACUUACCAUUCAUGAAAGACUUGUGCCUGUUUUUAGCCUUAGAAGUUCUAAAUGUUUACAGUGUCUACAAAAAGAAACUCUGUAGAAUCAGGUCGUUUGCAGAGGCUUUUGGUGAAUGAGUAACUCCACGUUAUGUUCCUGUUAGCAGAAGUAUUAAGAAUAUUUAACGUGUAUUAUUUUAUUACUGACUCUUUUUACAUUCUGUGCUAUCAGACUUUGUUUUAGAGCUAGUCAAAUGGUGGUGCAAGACAAGUGCUUCCUUCUCAACUUCUUCAGACACUUAACUCUAACUUCCAGCAUUCUUGCUGACACUUCUUUGUGUAAUAUCAGCACCUUUUCUUUUUUUCAUCCUUCAUAUUCAAAUAUUUCUCCAGUUACCCACCAGUGUAUCUGGGAAGUGAAUUUAUUUCCACGCUGAAAGAGGCAGCUGGUGCAGAGCCAUGUUCUUUUCAGAAGGUAAUUUUUGCUCUUCUGACGUUAGUAACCAUCUGCUGAAGCUCCAUUACUUUAUGUCCAAAACUGAAAGAUAGAUGGAGUGAUCUGAAGGUGCUGCUGUUGUGAGGGACAGAAAAUGAAAGCGUUGUUCAAAAAGAUCCCACUUGAAGUGGCCUCACAGGAAUCUUGAGGAGGGAGGGAAUGUAUAUGUUGGCAUAUUGCAUUCCACUGGAUUCAUUAAUCCAAGAAUCUUGCUUAAUUACAUUUCUGACCAAAAUACUUUACAGGCGUGUUAAUUAUAAUAUUAGUUACCUGAGAUAACUUUUAGAAUAACGAUGAAAAACUUGAUGAUAAAAUUGUCUCGUAAAAAGUAUUUUGAAAAGGCUCAUUGUUUGCCUUGAUUAACGUUCACACUUCUGUGUAUUUAAUUUAGAAAUUGUUAUUAAAUUGUCUCUCAGAGGUGGGGAUGUAAAGUUCUAAGGAGCUCUUUCCAAGUGCUUGUUUAGAGCGCAUCGCUGUCAAGUGCUGAGGUUCAGGUCCAGAGUUGAAACUUCAAAAUGGAGUGACGCUGGGAGGAGGGAGGCGAAUCUCACUGAGUUGUAUUUGGAUCUUCUUUUCAGUUUUUCAAUUCAAUCUUUCUUUGGAUUUAAUUGCUCCUUAAAUACUGGCCUUUGUGUUACAAGUCCCUGUGCCUGUAUUUGACGGCCUAAAAUCACAAAUCAAACAAACCUUCCCUAAACUGAGAGGAAGCUUGCAUCAUUUCUUCUCUACUCUGCUGGCUUCUCUCCCCCCAGGAAUCUUAAAUUGCAAACCACAGUUUGUAACAAACUGAUGUAAAACCUUAAAGCUGAGGCUUACAAAGUUUUGGCUGCUUGUAUACUUCUGAGUUUACUCAGGGGCUGCAAUGAGAAUCCCAGUUUUACUGGAGUAUUCUCUUGUUAUUUUUCCGCCACUUCCCAUAUCCGUGCUUACAUGGGAUGUAAUUCUGGUUUGAAUUUCAGCACCGCUUAUUGAAAUGAAGCAGUCUGUUUUAACAGUGAUUUCUUUCUUUAUUUUUGGCUUUAAAUGUUGUUUAGCUGUUAUCCUAGGGAAGCUGUGACAAAAUUCCUGCUUAAACCAUGUUUGUUAUUUCUUAAUGCGCACGUGCUGAUAUUUUGUAAUUUUUUUUUCUCCUGUUAAUUGUUUAAAUAAGUGAGAAAGUAAGGACAACUGCCUAACUCAAAAGAUGAAAAUGAAAAUCUGGGUCUGUAUCAAUUGCAUCUUAACUGAAACUUUCAUCCUUCGUAUCUUCCAGCGGACGGAAAUAAUGAAGUGCAAUAUGGAAAGGGAAAACACAGAUUUGAGCCAGCGUGCUUUCAUUUAACUCAUACAUUGUGUGUUGUGAUUUGUACAGGUUAACAAUACUGUUACUAACUACGCUUGUUCUAAGCAGUCUUUGUUUACAAUGGUUUAAAUUAUAUUGCAUUAGUAUGUAUUUGCUUUUUGACAGAAACAGAAGAGUAGUGCAGGUGGAUGUCAGGGAGUGUAACCCAAUAACUGGUUUAUAUGAUGUUACUGACUUUUCUUGGCAUAUGGCAUAAAUUCUGAAAUUCUUAGUUUGCAACAAAAAUGUGAGUAGCUGAUCUACUAAAUCAAUGUUUAAGAUCAUUGGGUUUUUAUAUCAUAAAUACUUUAUCAUCGUCUAAUUAAACUAAAUGCCUAUGUAGUACUGCUUUUUUUUUCCUUCUUGUUAAGCUAUUUCUUUAUGUCUGGCCAGGCUAGAGGUCUGCUAGGACAUACUUAACUGUUUCUCUGUGGUUUUCUCACUUUAAUAUCUUCAUUGCUUCUUUUCCACACGUGUAACCCUGCAGAUACCCUGUGGCUGCAAGCAGCUGCGAUGUUCUUGGGCAGCUUGGCCACGCAUUACAUGGUUUCAGGUCAUCACUCUGAUGUUGUGAUGGACGUCAUGUCUGCAGAUAUUAAAAGGACAACGUAUGUCAGUCCAUUUAGCUCAUUCACCGUGAAGGAAAGAUGGUUUUCGUUCCAUUUUCUGAGACUGGCUGCAUGCCAAUUUUGGUUCCAGAUUGAUGUACAGGAACACAUGUUUAGAUGUACAGAAACAUGUUUACAAACAACUUUUUUUUUCCCUCCUAAAUGAGAAGUCUCAAAUAUUUUUGAAGCACAGAUUGGACAUCUGGAUUUCAGAGGUUUCUCUGAUACUUACGAAUAGCAGGGAGUGAUGGUGAGAUAGUCAAAGGCUGUUUGUUUAAAAAGUAGAGCUGUUAGAUACAUUUGAAGUUGCUGUGUGUGUAAACACAUGAAAUUAGUGUGGUUUUUUUUUUAGCAUAGUGCAAAAAGAGGUCCUAACGUCAGUGCUUAGAAUAAGCAACCUGGCCAAUUUCACAUCACAUCAAACACUUCUGCAUCAGUUUUGCUUUGUAACACAGGAAGGAUGCCUACUUGGUAAAACACUCGUGAUAUAAAAAAGAUAUUUGUGCGGUGGUGAGUAUUCAGCAUUUAUAUAAGCAUCCAUUUAAUGACUGUUGAUUUCAACAGUUAAAAAACCAAACAAGCCCCCAGCGUAACUUGGUGCAAGCUCCUGAACUUGAAUACCACAAUACGUAAUAAUCUGAAAGACUCAUUGCUGAGCCUCCAGCUGCCCUGGGGGGAAGUGAAGGUGCUAGCAUCCUAGCAUCCCUUAUCCUGGUACAUGUCUUCUUCCAAAACUGCUGGAUGUUUUUAAAGCUGAUUUUACCCAAGCCUGUUAUCAGGGAUCAGUUUCUGCAUUGAUGAGGGUUUGGGGUUCUUUGUUUGGAGGGUUUUUAGGUUUCCAUUAUCCAAAUUGCUAUAGCAGCUGAGCUGUAGUUCCUGCAGCAGAAAAUUCGGCAUAACCCUUGUGAUGGAUUUUUAAAUUUUAAGAAUUUUGCCUGGGAGAUACAUCGUGAUGUAGUAAAUACAUGUAUUUGUUAGUGUGGAUAUUUCUGAGAUUUUGUUGGUUUGUUUAGCUCUGUAAUACUAAUUCCUGAAGCUAGCACGAGAUGCAAGGAAUGAGAUCAGCACUGGGUUUCUGAUAAACCUGCUUAAGCCUUAAACAUCCCCCACACUCGUUUUGUAAAAUCACUCAUCCCAGAGGUGUUCAAUAUAUGAAAAAGUUAAGGCUAUUAUAGUUGCAGGAGAAUUGAGAAUCCUCCCUGAUUGUCUCCAUGAGUUCUUCAGGGGAUAAAUACCUGUUGAUUCAGUUGCAGCCUCCAUUCUUCUGCUCUACUUGGGUGAGCCAAGUAGUCACUGGGUUGGCUCUGGCUAGCUUAGGUCCUUGGAGGCAAAAGUCAAAGACUUGUCACCACGUGAGGAGUGGAUAAGAUUGUGAGAUUUGCAUAAGCACGUAAUGUGACUUCUAGUGAAGUGAUUGUUAAAUUUCCAGCAGAUUUUAAAGGGUUUGGAUACAUUAAACUGUUCCAAGUGAUAGCUUUGUUAAACUGUAAUCUAGUUUGAGCCCUAUUGUUCUAAUGUGCAUUUGCUUAAGACGUAUGGACCAGUUCUUUUAUUUAUGGUUCUCAGCGGAACCUGGAGCUGAGUGAGUGCAGAUCACAGCCCCCCAGGCCUGAAUAUAACUUUGUUUCGCACGUAUCAUGUGCAUUGAGUAUGUGCUGCUUAUUGCAAAAAUUAAAGUGGGAGGGAAUUAGUUCUGCUGUGUAUUUUCCCAGGGAAAUACCUUGCUAGGAAUGGGAAUACUUCGGUGAGAUCCCGCUCUGUGCUUUCCCACAUCUCCAUUUUACAGAUAAGAGGCAUAAGGAGAUGAGGUGUCUCGCUUGAAGAUUCACGAUGAGAUAACAGCUCUCUGGAUUGCCCCGGUUCCUUCCCCUUUCUUUAACUUCUGAAAUGAACCAUUUCUGUGUGCAGGACGUGCAGUACUUCUCUCUACUGCACCCUUGGAUUUUUUGCUCGGUGAACACCCACUCUGCUCCAACCACUCGGACUUUGAGAAUACUACUGUGUUGUGACUGACAGCGGCCACGGAAUCGGUGAAAUCUUGUUACUAACAAAAAACACCCGAGGAACUUACACAAUCUUAUUUGCUGAGUAAUCCCUUUACAUUCACUCUCGUCCUGUAUUUUUACUUAAGACUGAUUAAAAAAAAGUUAAGCUCGUGUAUCUUUUAA